AUGCCCGACAUUGAGGAUCAAACCGAGAAGCGAUCUUCUCCAGUCCAGUCCCCUGCCUCCAGCACCACCACCGUUGCUGCCCUCUACCCGGAAACCGAUCUCGACAAGGGCAUCAUCGGCUGGGACAGUCAAGAUGACCCCAGCAACCCGCAAAACUUUUCUCCGAAACGCAAAUGGAUGCUCCUUGCCCUGAUGAGCUCCUUUACCUUCAUCUCGCCGCUGGCGUCGAGCAUGUUCUCCCCCGCCAUCAGCUACGUGGCCGCCGACUUUCGCGUCACCAAUGAAACCCUCCUCUCCUUCAGUGUCACCAUCUUCCUCCUCGGCUAUACCGUCGGCCCCCUCUUCCUCGCCCCCCUUAGCGAAAUCUACGGCCGCCGCAUCACCUUAAGCGUUGCAAACUGGUUCUUCGUCGUCUGGCAAAUCGGCUGCGCCCUCGCCCCAAACCUUUCCAGCCUGAUCGUCUUCCGUCUCUUCGCCGGCAUGGGUGGCGUGGGCUGUAUCACCCUUGGCGCGGGUGUCAUCGCCGACCUCUUCCCCACCACCCAGCGCGGCAUGGCCACCUCCAUCUGGGCUAUGGGCCCCUUAAUCGGCCCCGUCGUCGGCCCCAUUGCGGGUGGCUUCAUCGGCGAAACCAUCGGCUGGCGAUGGGUAUUCUGGAUCCUGCUCAUCACCAGCGGCACCAUCGGCGCCAGCAUCGAGCUCCUCAACCGCGAAACCUACGCCCCUGUCCUAAUCCGCUGGAAAACAGCCAAGCUCGCACGCGAACUCAACCGUCCUGAACUCCGCAGCGCCUACGACAUCUCCCAAGGCACUACGCCCCCAACAGUCUCUCAAGCACUAAUGCAAGGCCUCCGCCGCCCCAUCAUCCUCAUCUGCAAGAGCCCCAUCGUCCUCCUCCUCUCCGUCUACAUGGCCUUCGUCUACGGCCUCCUCUACCUCUUCUUCACGACCAUCACCACCGUCUUCGAAGGCGUCUACGGCUUCUCCACCGGCCUUGCAGGCCUCUCCUACCUAGGUAUUGGAGUAGGCUUCUUCAUCGGCAUGGCCGCCGUCGCAAUGACGAGUGACCGCAUGGUCAUCAAACUCACCGCCCGCAACAACGGCGUCUUCCAACCCGAGAUGCGUCUCCCCACCAUGAUCAUCUUCGCCUGCUUCCUUCCUAUCAGCUUCUUUUGGUAUGGCUGGUCCGCUAAGUACGAGGCUAUGUGGAUCGUGCCGAUCAUUGGUAUGGCGCCGUUCGGCAUCGGCAUGAUAGGCAUAUAUAUGCCGAUUCAGAUGUACGUGAUCGAUUGUUAUCCGGCGUAUGCGGCGAGUGCGAAUGCGGCGCUCACGGCGACGAGAUCGUUGGUCGGUUCGGUGUUGCCGCUUGCUGGGCCGAAGCUGUUCAGCAGUUUGGGGCUCGGGUGGGGGAACUCGUUGCUGGGGUUUUUGGCAUUGGCGUUUGUGCCCGUGCCAAUUUUGUUUAAUCGCUAUGGGCAGACGAUUCGCGAGAGGUGGGUUGUGAGGUUGGAUUAGUCUCAUACCCUACACCACUCCUUUUUCUCUUUGUCUCUCUUAAUGUGUAGUAAAUGCUGGCAUGGGUGGAGUAAAAGUUAUAUAGAUGAUAGAUGUACCGUGCAUACAUACAUGCAUAUCUUAAUGUGAAAUAUGAAC